CCUCCCCUUUACAGAUCUGUAGAUGUGAGGGCUGAUAGACCUCAUUCAGUGCAGCAAGUGAACGACAGCAGAGGGAGAAUUGAUUCUGUCUGUUCAGAGAAAGUGAAACUAUUUGACACUGACUGAGAACUGCAAUGGCGCAGCAAGAAAAUCCACUGGAUCAACGAAAAUUCUGUUGUUCGAUCUGUCUGGUUCUACUGAAGGAGCCGGUGACGAUUCCCUGUGGACACAACUACUGCAUGAACUGUAUUAAAACCCACUGGGAUGAAGAGGAUGAGAGGAGAAUCCACAGCUGCCCUCAGUGUUUGCAGACCUUCACACCGAGGCCUGUCCUGAUGAAAAACACCAUGUUAGCAGAUUUAGUGGAGGAGCUGAAGAAGAAGACUGGACUUCAAGCUCAUGGUUCUCAGGAGAACAUGUGCUCUCGCCAUAAUGUGGUGAUGAAGAUGUUCUGCCGUACUGAUCAGCAGUGUAUCUGUUAUCUCUGCCCUUUGGAUGAACAUAAAGGCCACAACACAGUGUCAGCUGCAGCAGAAAGGACUGAGAGGCAGAGAGAAGUCGAGGUGAGUCUACAAAACAUCCAGCAGAGAAUCCAGGACAGACAGAAAGAAAAGGUGCUUCAACAGGAGGUGGAGGCCAUCAGUCGCUCUGCUGAUAAAGCAGUGGAGGACAGUGAGAAGAUCUUCACUCAGCUGAUCCGUCUCAUGGAGAAAAGAAGCUCUGAUGUGAAGCAGCAGCUCAGAUUCCAGCAGCAAACUGAAGUGAGUCGAGUCUUGGAGCUUCAGGAGAAGCUGGAGCAGGAGAUCACUGAGCUGAAGAGGAAAGACGCUGAGCUGAAGAAGCUCUCACACACAGAGGAUCACACCCAGUUUCUACACAACUACCCCUCACUGUCAGCACUCAGUGAGUCCACACACUCAUCCAGCAUCAACAUCCGUCCUCUGAGAUACUUUGAGGAUGUGACGGCUGCUGUGUCAGAGCUCAGAGACAAACUACAGGACGUCCUGAGGGACACAUGGACAAACGUCUCACUGGCUGAAGUGGAUGUUUUACUGCCACAACCAGAGCCCAAGACCAGAGCUGACUUCUUAAAAUAUUCACGUGAAAUCACACUGGAUCCAAACACAGCACACACAUGGCUGUUAUUAUCUGAGGGGAACAGAAAAGCAACAGUAAUGAGAACGUAUCAGUCUGAUCACCCAGACAGAUUCACUGGCUGGUAUCCUCAGGUCCUGAGCAGAGAGAGUCUGACUGGACGUUGUUACUGGGAGGUGGAGUGGAGAGGGAGCGGAGUUCGUGUAGCAGUCGCAUACAAGAAUAUCAGCAGAUUGGGCGGCUGGAAUGAAUGUGGAUUUGGACGAAAUAAUAAAUCUUGGUCAUUAUAUUGUGACAAAAAAAGGUAUAAUUUUUGGUACAACAAUGUCCAAACUGCUGUCUCAGGUCCUCCGUCCUCCAGAGUAGGAGUGUACCUGGAUCACAGUGCAGGUAUUCUGUGCUUCUACAGCAUCUCUGAAACCAUGACUCUCCUCCACAGAGUCCAGACCACAUUCACUCAGCCUCUCUAUGCUGGACUUAGACUUUAUUAUCGUCAAGACACUGCUGAGUUCUGUAAACUGAAAUAGACAGAAGUCAUUUAAUGGGCUGUGGGUUCAAUUCUGUUUUAAUUCUUCAACUCAUUUUGUCUUCAUGUUUGUUGCUGAGAUUGUUGUGGCGUCUCUUCACUGCACUGAGAUCAGCUGUCAGUCAAACAUUGUGGGCGGAACUUUGACACCUUCUCACUUGUUCUGUAAAGGUUUGAGUUUCUGUAGCAAGGAGAAGAAAUGUUCUUGCUGUCUAAAUUGAUGUAGAAAUGAGGUACUGUGGGGUAUUAUAGAAGUGUAAUUAUCAAAAUCAAUAAUAAUUACAAUCAAUAAGGAGAUCUCUGAUUAUUUUCUUUCACAUAGCUGAGAUUCUGCUUAAACAAACUGAUUGUGUGGUUGAAAUGAAUCUGUACAUGAAAUCACUGAACGAGUCAUUUAACAGCCUUCACUGUUGGGACGUGUGAACAAAUCGAACAUUUCUAUCAUGAAUAAACACACAUGAACAAAG